CAAUCAACUUAUUGAUGAAAGGUAAUCAUAAAAAUAUGUGCAUUGUUAUAUUAUACAUGGUUACAAACAAAUACCAAUCAACAUGGUCUAAUGUUACAAUACUGCUUAUGUUACCUAUCUAUGAAUAUUUAUGAUAAGAUUAUCUAUAUAACUUACUAUCUAUGUAAUGGCGAUAAAUAAUCUAGAACAGAGAUAAAAGUAUUGCAGUCUUCAUUUUAUGUUAGCACAAUGAUGUAAAUCCGGGGAUGAUUUUGAACAUUAAUAAUAUUAAUUAGAAUCUCAAAGAACGAGUGCAUGUAUCCAAGAUGGCGGACCGGAUACAAAUAUCGGAUUAUGUCUGGAUUUAUCCAGAAAAAAAGUCUGAAUUCGAUGUACCCAUUGCUGUGAAAGUGCUCAAUAGUUCUGGAGGAAAGUUGCAAGUGAAAGACGACAAUGGCGAAGUAUUCAUUACUCCUGUUACAAAUGUCCUUAAACCACUACACUCAACAUCCAUUACGAGUGUGGAAGACAUGAUAACUCUGGGUGAACUACAGGAACAUACGAUACUGCGGAAUCUGCAUAUUCGUUACAAUCAGCAACUAAUUUAUACCUAUACAGGAACAAUGUUGAUUGCAAUAAACCCAUACGAAAUAUUGCCAAUAUAUACAAUGGAUCAAAUACACUUCUAUCAAGACAGUAACGUAAGAGACAUACCACCUCACAUAUUCGCCAUAGGGAGUGACUCAUACAGAGAGCUCUUAAACACAUCGUUGAAUCAAUGUGUCGUCAUAAGCGGAGAAAGUGGCGCUGGAAAGACAGAGAGUACAAAAUUGCUUCUACAGUAUCUAGCUGCAGCAAGCGGUAAACAUUCAUGGAUCGAGCAACAGAUUCAGGAAACAAAUCCGAUUUUAGAAGCUUUCGGAAACGCCAAAACAGUAAAGAAUGAUAAUUCAUCACGUUUCGGAAAAUAUAUAAAUAUCUAUUUCAGCCAUAAAGGUGUUAUUGAAGGUGGAAACAUAGAUCAAUACUUGCUGGAGAAAUCGCGAAUCGUCGGACAAAAUAAAGGAGAGAGAAACUAUCAUAUAUUUUAUUCACUCGUGACAGGGUUGUCUGCUGAUGAAAAAAAGAAGUUGGAACUGGGACAGCCGGCAGACUACGGUUAUCUUAACUCGGGAAAUAUGCUGACUUGUGAUGGUCGUAACGAUGCUCUUGAGUUUUCAGAUAUUAGAUCGGCAUUUAAAGUUCUCAGUUUUACAGAUAGCGACGUUUGGGGAAUAUUCAGUCUUCUCGCUGCGAUUCUGCAUUUAGGAAACUUGAAAUUCAAAUCAUUUAACAUAAGUAAUAUAGAAUCUUCUGAAGUGGCAGAUGCUUUAAAUGCCAAUAGAAUUGCGACUCUUUUGGGUGUUAAUAAGGCGAGAUUUUGUGAAGCUUUGACCCGAAAAACAUUAAUCGCUCAUGGCGAUAAAAUUGUGUCUACCCUGUCAGUGGUACAAGCAAUAGAAGGUCGUGAUGCGCUUGUAAAAGCUAUUUAUGGUCAUAUUUUUGAAUACAUAGUAGAAAUGAUAAAUAAAACUCUGCACAAAGAUCAGCAACUUUCUAGCGGUUCAGUUGGAAUACUGGAUAUUUUUGGUUUUGAAAAUUUCGAUUCUAAUAGUUUUGAACAAUUGUGCAUUAAUUAUGCUAAUGAAAACUUGCAACAAUUUUUCGUGAAACAUAUUUUCAAACUAGAACAGGAACAAUAUGAAAAGGAAGGAAUAACUUGGACCAAUAUUAACUACGUUGAUAAUCAAGAAAAUCUUGACCUCAUAGGUCAGAAAUCUAUGAAUUUGCUCUCACUUAUUGAUGAAGAAUCAAGAUUUCCCAAAGGCACGGAUCUUACUUUAUUGUCCAAAUUGCAUAGUAAUCACAGCAAUAAAAACUGUUACAUUACACCUAAAUCAACACACGAACACAAAUUUGGUGUGAAACAUUUUGCUGGAGAUGUAUUUUAUCAAGUUAAGGGAUUUUUGGAUAAAAACCGAGACAUGUUAACGGCUGAUGUUAAAGAAAUGAUAUGGGACUCCAGCAACGCGUUUUUAAAGAGUUUAUUCCCAAUUGAUAACGUAACUCCACAAAGUGGAAGUCGGAAAGUGGUAUCGUUAAGUCAUCAAUUUAAGACUUCGCUUGACGCGCUUAUGAAGACUUUAUAUGGAUGUCAUCCAUUUUUCGUUCGAUGCAUUAAACCAAAUGAAAUUAAAAAGCCCCGGAUUUUUGAUCGAGCUUUGUGUGUGCGACAACUCCGAUAUGCAGGAUUGAUGGAGACUGCAAAGAUUAGACAGGCAGGGUAUCCCAUCAGAUUUUCAUAUUCAGAAUUUGUACAUCGCUACAGACUUGUGACUCCAGGAAUACCUCCGGCAGAAAAAGCUGAUUGCAAAGAUGCAACUAAAAAAAUUUGCAGCAAUGUGCUUAUGGACCAAGAUUAUCGAUUGGGUCACACAAAAGUAUUCCUUAAAGAUCAUCACGAUGCUUUACUAGAAGAGUUGCGACAUAAAGUUCUAAUAUCUGCGGUUGUCAAGGUUCAAGCUAAUGGACGAAGGUUUAUCUGCAGAAACAGAUAUUUGCGAUUAAAGCAAGCUGCAGUUAUUGUACAGAAACAUUUCAGAGCCCGUGGUUUCAGACACAGGUUCUUAAUCAUGAGACGAGGAUACUUACGUUUACAAGCAGUUAUUAGAUCAAAAGAACUUCACAAAACGUUCUUAAAACUAAAGAAAUUCUUUAGAAAUCUACAAGCAUAUUUAAGAGGUUUUCUUGUAAGAAAAUUAGUUCACGAAAAGGGCCAUAUUAUAAAAGCAAAAUUACUACAAAUGCAUAAAGAAAAAGCCAAUUAUUCAGGAGAUCUUAAAAGUGCCGAAGAUGAAUUCGAGAGGAAAUACUCAGAACUUAUGGCGUCGAUUUGGAUAGCUAAAGAUGUAGUUGCUGACAGCGUACAGAAUACUACUGUUAUAGAUGAUAGAUAUGUUGACGAUGUUUUUGGUUUCUUGAAAGACACUGCUACUCCAGCAGGUACAGUGCGUGGAACAGGUUUUGGAAUGGCCGCAGCACCAAAACCGGAAGCAUCAACUGUUAUACCUUUACCCGCAGAACCGGAGGAAGAGCAAUUUGAUGAGUUUAACUUCAAAAAGUUUGCAGCCACAUAUUUUUUGGGAAAUAUGAGCAAUCAAUAUUCAAGAAAACCAUUAAAACAUUCGCUUCUAGACUUACCAUCUCCCAUGGAUAAAAUAGCAUCGCAAGCUAUAUGGAUUACAAUAUUGAGAUUCAUGGGUGAUAUUGCAGAGCCUAAGUAUGUAGAUGACAGAGCGGAUAAUGUACCAGUCAUGACUAAAUUGUAUGAUACCGUUGGACGUGCAUUUCAGAAGAGCAAAGAAUUCGAAGAUUUGAUGCCAAAAGACAAUAUCAAUAGUAAAAUGUUACAGAGAACUUUAAAACGGCAAACCAAAUUAAAUGAUGAAUUUAUGAAAAAUUUAAUUAAUGAUGAAUUAACGAAUGAAAUGUAUAGUACCUGGUUAAAUUCUAGACGCAGUACAAAUUUAGAGAAACUUCAUUUUAUUAUCGGUCACGGAAUUAUCCGAAAAGAGUUGCGAGAUGAAAUUUUCGCGCAGUUAUGUAAACAACUAACUAAUAACCCUUCAAAAGCUUCCUAUGCUCGCGGCUGGAUACUGUUAUCUCUAUGUGUUGGCUGUUUCUCACCUUCUGAAAGAUUUAUUAAAUAUUUGCGGUCAUUCAUUCGUGAAGGACCACCAGGAUAUGCGCCAUAUUGUGAGGGAAGGCUUGUGAGAACAUAUAAAAGUGGGCCACGAACUCAACCUCCUAGCUGGUUAGAAUUACAAGCUACUAAAACAAGGAAACCAAUUUUACUAACUGUCACCUUAAUGGAUGAGACAAUGAAAACUGUUCAGUCAGAUUCAGCUACCACAUCAGAAGAAGUUUGUCAACAAAUAGCAGAUAAUAUAGGUUUGACAGACUCGUUCGGUUUUUCGUUGUAUAUAACUUUAUAUGAUAAAGUGCUUUCAUUAGGAAGUGAGGGAGAACAUAUUAUGGACGCAGUAUCACAGUGUGAGCAAUUUGCGAAAGAACAAGGAAUAUCUGAAAAACAUGCUCCUUGGAGAUUAUUUUAUAGAAAAGAAGUUUUUGCACCUUGGCAUAAUCCAGUAGAUGAUCCUGUAGCUACAAAUUUGAUAUAUCACCAAGUGGUCAAAGGUGUAAAGUUUGGAGAAUAUCGGUGCACUUCUGAAAAGGAUCUGGCAAUCAUAGCAGCACAGCAACAUUAUAUUGAAUAUGGACAGCGCAUUGAUCCAAACGUAUUAAGAAAAGUUAUUGUUAAUUAUAUACCAAAUCAAUUCAUUCAAUCUAACGAUGUAGCAUUGACCAAAUGGGAGCAUCUAAUUACUAAAGCAUUUGAGACAUCUACAAGUAUACAGACAUCUGUAGAUCCUUUACGAUGCAAAGAAGAUAUAGUUAUAUUUGCAAAAUUAAAAUGGCCGAUGAUGUUUUCAAGAUUCUUUGAGGUCAUCAAAUUAAAAGGAGAGACAAUUAACAAAGACCUUGUUAUAAUUGCUGUCAAUUGGACUGGAAUUUAUAUCGUCGAUCAGUCAGAACAUAUACUUCUCGAAAUUUCUUUUCCUGAGGUCACUUAUGUCGCCUACGAAGAUGAAAAUAAUUAUCAUAAUAUUGGAAGAGUAACCAUUAGAACAAUACAGCAAGAAGAAUUUGUAUUUCAAAGUGUAGAUGCUAGUGAGAUGAGUUCACUUAUCAUUUAUCUUAUGGAUGGAUUAAAAAGACGUUCAAUUUACGUUAUAGCUCAAAAUGAAUCACAAGGAUUCAGUGAAGCAGCAUCGUUUUUGCAAUUCAAAAAAGGGGAUCUUAUCACCCUUUCACAAGACAACACAGGAGAAACCUUAAUGAAUGCAACAUGGGGUUACGGACAAUGCAACAAUCAGGAAGGCUUAUUCCCGACCGAGCAGGUGUAUAUUUUACCAACAUUGUCAAUGCCUCCUGCGCCAAUAUUAGAGGUAUUCAAAAAAGGAAAUAUAAAUAACACUGAAAAAAAUAAAUCCAAAUACAACACUAUACAAAGAAAGCGAAUGCACACUUUAGAAAAAUAUGCAAAGGAACAUUUUAGAGAAAAUUAUGAAACUAAUUCUACUAUGCGCAAAAUCUCAAUGCUAAAUAUUGCGAAACGAGCUGUAGCUGGUGAUCUGUGGGCUCAUACUCGCGAGCCAAUUAGACAACCACUGCUAAAAAAAUUAGUUAAUGACGAAAAGUUAGCAAAAGCAGCGAUAGCAUCAUUCUUUGGUAUUCUUCGAUAUAUGGGCGAUAUGCCAAGUCCAAAGGCAAGAUCUGUCACUGAGUACACUGAUGAAGUCUUUAGCUCAGCUACGUCAGAACCUAGUCUGCGAGAUGAGAUUUACUGCCAAAUCAUGAAACAAUUAACGAACAAUAGGAUACAGUUGAGUGAAGAAAGAGGAUGGGAAUUAAUGUGGCUUGUAACUGGUGUUUUCGCUUGUGGUCAAGUCUUAACAAAAGAAGUCGUAGAAUUUUUAAAAACUAGGCCCCAUCCCAUAGCCAAAGAUUGUUUGAAACGUUUAUUUAAGAUACAAAGGGGUGGUCCUAGAAUGUACGCUCCAUAUCUAGUCGAAGUUGAAGCAAUUCAACACAGGAGUAUGCAGAUUUAUCAUAAAGUAUAUUUCCCAGAUGAUACCGAUGAAGCGUUUGAAGUUGAUUCAUCUACAAAGGCAAGAGAACUUUGUGAACAAAUAACGGGGCGCUUAAAUCUAAAGAAUAGUGAUGGUUUUAGUCUUUUUGUAAAAAUUGUGGACAAAGUAUUUUCUGUACCUGAAAAUUAUUAUUUCUUCGACUUUAUUCACGAACUUGUAGAAUGGAUGAAACAGACUCGUCCUGGACGUUCAGGUGGCGGUCAAAUGCAAAUGAACUACCAAAUAUUUUUCAUGAAAAAGCUCUGGGUCAACACUGUCCCUGGCAAAGAUAAGAACGCAGAUCAAAUAUUUUACUUUCCUCAAGAGUUGCCAAAAUAUUUACGUGGUUAUCAUAAAACCUCAAAACACGAUUUGGCGGAGUUAGCUGCACUUGUUUACAGAGCUAGAUAUGGUAAUAAUCAAGCUUUACUGCCUCAAAUUACACAGAUACUAGAAGAGUUUAUACCAUCGGAUAUGAUAAGAAUUCAAUCAAAUUCAAAUUGGAAGUCUGCAAUUGCUGCAGCAUAUUUGAAACAUGGGCCUAUGUCAGAGGAAGAGGCAAAGGAACAAUUCCUUAAACGAAUCUACCAACUUCCAACAUUUGGCACAGCAUUUUUCGAAGUAAAACAAACUUCUGAUCCUUCUUAUCCAGAAAUGGUUGUUGUUGGCAUUAAUAGAAAUGGAGUUAGUGUGAUUCAUCCACAAAGCCGAGAUGUGUUAGUGACUUAUCCAUUUUCUCAAAUAUCCAACUGGUCAUCGGGCAAUACAUUCUUCCAUAUGACGAUGGGAAGUUUCCUUCGUGGAACAAAGAUUCUUUGUGAGACAUCCUUGGGAUAUAAAAUGGACGAUCUAAUUUCGUCAUAUAUUGCUGUUUUACGUCAAGCAAUGAAACAAAAGCGAUCCGAAAGAUAAUCAUCUAAACAUUAUUAGGAAACUUAAUUUAUUGUUUUUAUGUUGUUUGUUAAUAAAGAUUUAUUUACUUA